GUCUCGCGAGCACUGCGCCCCCGGUGACUUCUGACACCGCGUAUCCGCCAUGCACUGAGAAGAUCAACCUUGACAAUUCUCCAGUCCCUUUCUCAGCCUGAAGGUGUCUCCAUGAAGCAGAAUCUUCACGCCAGGAUAUCAGGAUUGCCUGUUUGUCCUGAGCUGGUGAGGGAGCACAUCCCUAGAACCAAGUAUGUGGGACACUUUUUCUCUGUCACUGGGACAGUGAUUCGAGCGAGUCUGGUGAAGAUCCUGGAGUUUGAGCGGGAUUACAUGUGUAACAAAUGCAAGCAUGUAUUUGUGGUCAGGGCCGACUUUGAGCAGUAUUAUACCUUCUGUCGGCCAUCCUCAUGUCCCAGCUUGGAGAGCUGUGAUUCUGCAAAAUUCACUUGCCUCUCAGACUUGUCUUCAUCUCCAACUAGGUGUAGAGAUUAUCAGGAGAUCAAAAUUCAGGAACAGGUUCAAAGGCUAUCUGUUGGAAGUAUCCCACGAACAAUGACGGUUAUCCUGGAAGAUGACUUAGUAGACCGUUGCAAAUCUGGUGACGACCUCACUGUUUAUGGGGUUGUAAUGCAACGGUGGAAGCCUUUUCAGCAAGAUGUGCGCUGUGAAGUGGAGAUAGUCCUGAAAGCCAAUUACGUCCAAGUAAAUAACGAGCAGUCUGCAGGGAUCAACAUGGAUGAGGAAGUCCGAAAAGAAUUUGAAGAUUUUGGGGAAUACUAUAAGAGUGAUCCUUUUGCAGGAAGGAAUGAAAUAUUGGCUAGCUUGUGCCCUCAAGUUUUUGGAAUGUACCUAGUAAAGCUUGCUGUGGCCAUGGUGCUGGCUGGUGGGAUUCAAAGGACCGAUGCUACAGGAACACGGGUCAGAGGUGAAUCUCAUCUUUUAUUGGUUGGGGAUCCUGGCACAGGGAAAUCUCAAUUCCUCAAAUAUGCAGCAAAAAUUACACCAAGGUCUGUGCUCACCACAGGAAUUGGAUCUACCAGUGCAGGUAUUUUAUGUGACCAUUUCAAUUAAUUUAAUGUUACUACAGAAGCUAACACAAUGGUUGCUUUAUUGUGAA